AUGGCCAAGGCAAAAAAGAGAGCCGUGAGUGACUCGGAAGAAGAAUAUGAAGAGGUCAUGUCAGAUAAUGACCAGGACAAGGACUCAGACAAAGAUGCUGAGCCAGAGGAGACAGGGACGACUUCAUCUAUUAACACUCCUAUUGAAAUGGCUUGUGCCGCCAAAGACGCAGACAAAAUCGUAAAGACCAUGGUUGUCAUCAUAAUAGACAAUUCCAGUAGGCCUCCAGGCCUCAACAUAUAUGAAGUUUCAAGCCAGCAAUCUUCCCAGAGCUCUGCAAAUGGCUCGUCGGAUAUAGCAGCUGAUGAUGGAUGUUCUCGUGCCUCUUCACCUCUGGUGUCAGUUGAUGAAGUGGAAACAUGA